AUGGAAACGACAAAGGGCUCGACGGCGACUAGAGCAGAGCGCUACAGGAUUCCGCCGAACCGCAUCCUGGCACAAUACCGUGCCUACAUGAGGGCCAAGUACAAGAAUGCGUUGUCUGCAGAAGCAACCGACGCCGAUGUCAACGCCAUCGGCUUCUCGGAACCAGUCAACAACAUCUAG